AUGUUGGAGACUUAUCGAACCUGGCGCAAAUCCAGAAAGUGGCCUGUGAAGGUGAUCAUCCACAUGUUUGACCUGGCUAUAGUAAACUCUUGGUUUGAGUAUCGUGCUGACUGUAAAGCAAAUAAUCGGAAAUCUAAACACAUCUUAGAUUUGCUGGCAUUCCGAUUGUCUAUUAGUGACCACCUUCUGAAUGGCCCUCCAAGAAAAAGACCAAGGGAAGAUCUGGAAUUUGCUGAUAUGCCUACCUCUUCUAAAUAUAGAGUGAAGUCUCUUCCCACGAUCGACCGACAGUACGACGGAUUUAACCACUGGCCAAUAUUCGACACUCUGAAGCAGCCUCGUUGCUGUCGUGCUCCUGGCUGCACUAGUCGAAGUCGCUGUCGCUGCUCAAAGUGCGACAUCUACUUGUGCCUUAACAAAGACCGAAAUUGUUUUUUCGAUUUUCACAACAAAGACUGA